CAAUAAAUAUGAUAAUUUUACAAAUAAAAACAAAAAGGAAAAAUUCUACAACAACCGUAAUCACAAUAACAAGGAGGAAGAGAGAGUGAAAAUCACAGAGACGAAAAGAUCGUCUUCUGAAUCGAAACAAGGUGUUCAGGUUGAAAUUUUAGAGUAAUAUACUUGCAAUCAUGAGAUUUAAGAAAGGGAAUAAGGUGGAAGUGUUAAGCAAAGUUGAGGUGCCGUGUGGCUCCUGGCUAUAUGCAGAGAUCAUUUGUGGUAAUGGCCACCACUAUACUGUGAAAUAUGAUGGAUAUGAAAGUGAUGCUGGUGAGGCAAUUGUGGAACAGGUGUCCAGGAAAGACAUAAGGCCGUGUCCGCCUGCACUUGAACUCACAGAUAAUUGGAAUUCAGGUGAUGUUGUAGAGGUCUUCCAGAAUUUCUCAUGGAAGAUGGCUACAGUUUUGAAGGUUUUUGGGAAAAACCACAUUUUGGUCAGGCUACUUGGAUCUUCUUUGGAAUUUCAAGUGAGCAAAUUUGACAUUCGGGUGAGACAGUCUUGGCAAGAUGACAAGUGGAUUAUAGUUGGAAAGGGUUCUUCCAGCCAUGAAAACAGAAAACGUUCUAGCGCCCAACUUCAGAAGAUGUAUACAAAGACAAAACUGUCAGGUUCCGCUUACUAUCGUCCUGAAAAGAAAAAACUGAGUAUUCUGGAAUCCAAACUCGUUUCUUUUAAAACAUUGAAACGAGGAAGCAAUUCACAAGUUGACGCAUAUGCUAAGCCUCCCCCAAAGUUUAGAGCACGUGAAAAUGAAGGCAGAUGUCACAGAGCAAGACUUAGAAAUCCACCCACACCACUCAAACAGGUACAGGGUGUCAGUUUUCCAAGAGAAGUGAUCGCUGAAGAAUGCAUACCUGCUUCUGUAAACAACAGAAAAACUGGGAUUUCUAAUAUGGUUGACAUGGAGAGGAGGAAACAGACAGGAGAAAACUUAGAAUCAAAUCAUGCUUAUAGUGUUACAUGCUCUGUUGGUAGUUGUAGUAUCACUAGCAGGAAUUCCUAUAAAUCGCAAUUUCCUGUAUAUGCAGGUCCUUUUGAUGAUGUAGACAGUUCAUUUAGUGAUGCUGAGUCUGUCUGCCAGAGGAGUGAUGAGGAAGGGAAUUGUUCCCCUCCUACACAAGAGGAAUUGGCGGCAGAAAUUCAUAGGGCUGAGAAGGAGGCAUAUAGGUGUUGCUUCCAGAUUUCUACAGAUUCUUUCUUGCUCUAGACAAGGGAUGGCUUUUCUAGUGUGGCCCUUGAUAAGCCAACACAUCCAUAGGUUUGUGGAGUUCUCGCAUUCUUCCAUUUCAGGCCACCUGUGAGCCUCAGAUAUCUGUUUUGCGGAGGAAUGCAUGCUCAGAGUCUUGUAGCUACAAUAUGGUGACUUGAUAUGUGAAUGUCUAAUUGAUAAUUUCACCUUAUUAGCUUAUUCAAUUGUGAUAUCUUCUGCAUGCUGAUGCAUGGCUCACUAUCAAUGUGUUGCUAAUGAAAUGAUCACUGAUAUUUUCUUUGCACACAUACAAAGGUUGUUUACAUGUCAAAGCCUAGCUAAUGGUAAAAAUGUUGAAUGUCCAACUUUGGAAUGUUAAUUUAAUUAUAACUAGAGGGUAGAAGAAGCUUGCACUAGGUAUGAAUUUAAUUGGCCAUUUUCUGUAUAACUGAACAACUGAUGACCACAUAUAUUAACUAAUUAACUAAUAGUAACAUCAUUAAGCUGCCUGAAUGCUUAAAGAAGCAUCUGUUUUUCAGACAAUUUUAACAGAACCUUAGAACCCAAUGCAGUAGACAUUGCAGCUGAAAAGACUUUAGUUUCUGAUGAGGAUACCUAACUAUGGAAAGUAUUCACUUUCUUCCAAACUAUUAGCAACACCUCAUGCUAGUUUACAAUUUGUGAUAUUUAUUGAUUGAUUGGAUUAACCUUUCAGAUCAUCCAGUACCUGCCAUGACUGCUUUGAACAAUGCUGUUCCAGUACUUGUGCAUUUACUACUUUACAAGUUACGUGAACAUUGUUUUCAAUUUUAUGGUUGUAAGCUUACACAUGAAAGUUGUCAUUGCUUUGUGGCUAGUGAAUCAAUGCUCAGCAAUGAUCAAUAGCACAAGGUCCAAAUGGCUCUUGGAAGAACAUGGCCACAUUAAAGCCGAAAUGACACAAGAGCUGGAGACCUUGGAUAUCAGUUUUGGAUGGCCAAAUAUCUUUCAGUUGGUCAAAGAUAUGUGCGUGUUCUGUGAAACUUUUUGGCUUCAGUCUGAUGUUUAAUCGAUGUGGAAUCCGGUGCUCAUUUGAAGCAUGUUCCUCGCAUGUCAAAACCCUGGUCUUGAAAAGCUGAAUAGCUUGCUUAACUUAUGAUUUUUUUUCCCUUCCAUUGUUAGUACAUGUUUAGUUUGACAUUUACGACCUUUAAACCCUGGGCUAGUCUGUUUCAUUUCACUCAUUUUAUCAAAAUCUCUUAAUUAUCUGGUGCAAUAUGUGAAAGUUUGUGUAAAUGGCACAGCUUAGCCUGACUAAACUUUUGAUAAUCAAGGUCUUAUAAACUUUUAUGCCUCA